CUCAUUCUAACUUUCUCUUCUCUUUCUCUCCAUCAUCUUCAAAUCUCAUGUAAUUAGUUUGAGCUUUCUUUAUUAAUUCUUUUAUAAUCAUCAUCAUCCAAAGUUCACAUUCUUUUUUAUCUCUUUCUUUCUUUGACCAAACAUUAGAGAUCAUAAGUUACAUAUACAUAUAUAUAUAUGUAUGUAUGUAUGUAUGUAUGUAUGUAUGUAGAUGCAUGUAACUUUUUCCUUUUUAAGGUGUAAAAACAAGAGAAGUUUAGGUUCACUGAUGUUUUAUAAUCAACAAGUGGAGAAGAAGAAGAAGGAGAAGAAGGAGAAGAGUUGAAGAGAAGAUCAAAGAUAAUUAAAGAGAUAGAAAAGAAGGAAAAAAAGGAAAAAAGAAAUGGGAUUUGCAGCAAGUGUUGGAAAGUAUCAUCUGGGAAGGACCAUUGGUGAAGGUAACUUUGCAAAGGUGAAGCUUGGGUUCAAUAUGGACACUAAUGAUAGAGUUGCCAUUAAGAUCAUUGACAAGAAGAUGGUUUUGGAUAACAAGCUCAUGGAUCAAGUGAAAAGAGAGAUUAGUACUAUGAAGCUUCUUCAUCAUCCCAAUAUAGUCAAGAUACAUGAGGUAAUUGCAACAAAGAGCAAGAUAUAUUUAGUGAUGGAGUAUGCAUCAGGAGGACAACUUUCAGAUAAGAUGUUGUAUUUGAAGAGAUUGGAAGAGAAAGAAGCAAGGAAGUAUUUCCAACAAUUAAUUGAUGCUGUGGAUUACUGUCAUAGCAAAGGUGUAUACCAUAGAGAUCUCAAGCCGGAAAAUCUAUUAUUAGAUCAAGAAGGAAAUAUCAAAGUUUCAGAUUUCGGAUUAAGUGUAUUAAAAAAGCCAGGAGACAUGUUGUCUACAUCCUGUGGGUCACCAAGUUAUGUAGCUCCUGAGGUGAUAGCACAUAACAAUUACGAAGGCGCAGCCGCGGAUAUGUGGUCUUGCGGCGUGAUUCUCUUCGAGUUGCUUGCUGGACAUCUCCCAUUUGAAGAUCGUAGUCUGACAAACUUGUAUAGAAAGAUAACAAGGGCAGAAUAUACAUGUCCAGCCUGGUUCACAGACGAACAACGAAGAUUGAUUUCCAGAAUAUUAGACCCAUUGGCAAUAAGGCGAGCAACGGUAGCAGAACUUCUGGAAGAUGAGUGGUUUCGAGUAGAUUACACACCUUCACCUGUAACAGAGAAUGAAGAGAAUGUCAACUUAGAUAUUUCUCCCGUAGUGUCCGAUAAAACAGAUGAGAUAACCGACCAAACUGUCAGAGAAAAAUCUAACAACUUCAUCAAUGCAUUUCAACUCAUUGCAAUGUCAAAUGACCUUGAUUUAUCAGGUCUUUUUGAGAAGCAGGAAAACAGUAAUCAGAAAACGAAAUUUGGCUCGACACAUUCAGUUGAUGAAACAAUAGAAAAAAUCGAGGUUGCUGCUAAAGGCGCUUGCCUGUCUGUGGAACGGAUAAAUAAUUCAAAGAUUAAACUUCAUCAAAGAAAAAAGCUAGCAAGAUGCAAAUCAUUCUUUACGGUAUCAGCAGAGGUCACUGAGGUCACACCAACAAAUUGUGUGGUAGAGAUAUCUAAAUCUGCAGGGGAACUACUAGUGUACAAUGAGUUUUGUCGAAGCCUAUCAAAUUUGCUGAAGGAAAACACUGAUGGCUCAUCAGAUUUGCAGUUGUCAGAGGCUUGUGCAGAGCAGAAUUGAAGAGUAGACCGUGAAGAAUGAAGGAAUAAGGUACUAAUGGAUACAAAGGAAACCCAUCUACUGUCAAUACCUAACAUCUCCGGACCCAAGAAGCACCAAGAUCCAGAAUUUUUGGUCCAAUGUAAAUUGCGAGUGCAACACAAUAACAUUUUUGGCAAUCACUAUGCUUGUAAAUUACAUGACAUGAUCACCUGACAAAUGUUUGAAAUAAUAAACAUCUAAAAUUUCUCACCA